AUGCAGAUGAAUCUUCAGUACGCCAUCGGCGCGUCCGCCCUGUGCGCCCUCGCGGGCCAGUCGCUCGGCCAGGACUCCGUCGCCGCCACCCCCGGCGCGAGCGACGCCCUCGCCGCCUACGACGCGGCGUCCCAGCGCGUGCGCUACGUCGUCGACCUCGCCCCCAUCACCAGCUCGUGGAACAACCCCUUCGCGAUCGCGCCCGUCCUCAAGACGUCCGCCGAUCCGGACCCCAUGUUCGACACGCAGCUCGUCGGCGCCGUCGCGCUGAGCCCGGACCUCACCGGUCCCGUCGCCCUCGGCAGCCCGCAGGACUUCCAGCUCUGGACGACCGCCGGCCAGGGCGUGAACCCGACCGCCAACGCCGCGCCCGGCACCACGCAGGUCGCGAGCUUCGACCACCAGUUCGGCCUCGCCCUCGCCGACCUCAGCGCGAGCGCGACCAAUGCGAUCGGCGCGACCAUCGGCCUCACGAGCGAAGCCGACCGCCUCUACGUCACGCGCACCAUCGGCGUCUCCAGCCGCUUCAACGCCGUGAGCCAGGACCUCGCCACACUCAGCCUCGGCGCCAUCGACGCCGACGGCGCCCUCUACCUCCGCGCCGACGAUUUCAACGCCCCCGACGCCAACGCCAUCGACGGCGACAACAUCCUCCGCGUCCUCCUCGACGCGCGCAACACCAGCGGCGUCAACGCCGUCGUUCGCAUCGGCGGCGCCAACAUCGUCACCGACGCCGCGUCCAGCGACUACCUCGUCAACGACUCCGCCGUCACCCUCAACACACCCUCCUGCCUCCCCGGAUCCCUCGGCGCCGCCCGGGGCGUCAUCCUCGACUUCGCCGGCAACUACACCAACGCCACCCCGGGGGCCUCCACGAGCACCACCGACCACCUCCAGGCCGCCAUCGAAGGCCAGCGCGGCAACCCCUACGUCAGCACCGCCGCCGCGCUCCCGAGCUUCGACGCCUACCUCCUCUCGCUCGGCAAGACCGUCGUCGACGGCCCCACGAACAGCAUCAACGCCGCGCGGCUCAUGGCGGACGGCUCCGUCGUCUCCGCCGUCCGGCGCACGCUCCCGAUGAACAUCACCGACGGCGCCGGCUUCACCACCAACGCCGUCGGGGACGCCGAGUUCGUCCACUACCAGAGCCAGCAGUCCUUCCGGGGAAGCAACGGCCAGGCCGCCGCGGGCGUCGACCCGAUCUCCGGCGCGCGCAUCGCCGCCGCGACGGCGCAGGACCCCACCGACGGCCAGUUCAUCGCCGUCGCCAACAUCACGCUCGAUUCCAACUGGACCGUCGCCGCGUACGAGGGCAAGGACGUGCUCGACGGCGAGAACGGCUCGCCCAUCGGCACGAUCGCGAGCGCCGCGCCCGCCUCGAUCUCCGCCCCGGCGAUCGACGCGGACGGGAACAUCUACUUCGUCUGUGCGUUCGAGCCGACCGCGGGCCCGACAGCCAACGCGCUGAUCAAGGCCGUGAACACCGCCUCCGGCUACCAGCUCGAGCUUCUCGUGCAAGAGGGCGAUACCGUCGCCGGCGCCAACAGCGCGACGAGCUACACCAUCGACCGCCUCACCCUCGCCGACAGCGACUCGCUCGCCUCCGGCUCGUUCUACGCCUCGAGCGUCCUGCAGAGCGGCGCGGGCGGCGCCGGCUUCGGCGGCGCCGCAAUCGGCGCGCAGAUCACCUACGACAACGCCGGCACGAGCGAGACCUACGACGCCGUCCUCUUCCUCGCCGAAUCCGCCGGAACCGAAAAAAUCUGCCUCGGCGACUGCGACGGGAACGGAUCGAUCGAUUUCAACGAUCUUGUGUCGAUGCUCUUCGUGUUCGGGCAGGACACCGACGAUGGCUGCGACGCGGACGAGAACGCCACCGUCGAUUUCAACGAUCUUGUGGCAACGCUCUUCCUCUUCGGGCCCUGCCCCUGA